GAAAGGAUAAGAAACCGUUUUGCUGCUGUUUGUUCGAAACCAACUUGGUUUAAAAUAGCUAAAAGGGGACACAAGAGGAUAAAUCCGAGCAGGGAGCCGUGUGUAAAAAGGCACACAAAAGGUGAACAGGGAAUAACUAAGAUCAAGAGAGUGGAGACAUGAAUCUAAAUGACUUUGUGGUGAUUCCCAACAAGCCCAAGUCAGUCAAGCUCAAUGCCAGGAACCUGCGAGAGCUGCGCAUGGAGACAGUGACGCUGGCCCAGGAGAGUAAAGACAUGGAGGAUCGACUGCAACAACUCAGAGAGAGCAUGAGCCGGGAGAAAGAGGAGAGAGAGAGGUUAGGUGGUUUCCGUUGGAAGUCAGGGCAGGCUGGAGCUGUGAAUAACCACUGUGCAAAGAGGAACAAGGAGAGUGGACUCCAAAAGCUGUCAGCAGGCAAGGUGAAGAUACGGCUCCUCAAAGAUCAACCUCAGCCAGAAGUCUGCAGGGUGGGAGAGAAGGAGAAGGCUACAGCUGUUCUCUCAGGUGGUCAUGUGUCCAGCAGUAAGACCAGGCUGAGGGGGAAGGUGUGUGGCCAGUGUGAGGCUAGGGCCGCUGGACUGACAUGUGCAGAAUGUGGAGAGGACUACUGUGUUGGCUGCUUUGCCAAGUUUCAUCAGAAGGGGGCACUGAAGCUCCACAGAAUGAUCCCCAUUCAGACAGAGAUCCAGACCUCGGUGAGCACUCUGGAUGUUGUGAGUCACUUCCAGAGACAAGUUCAGAUGGCUGGGAGAGGUGGAGGGGCGAGGGGGCCGGAGAGAAGGACCCAGGCCGCUCCCGCUGUUACACAUACCCACAAUGCACAGGGAAGCCAGGUUUUAGUUGUGAAUCCCUUCGGGGAGGAGGAAGAGGAGUUUGAUGAACUGGAGGAUGAAGAGGAGAAGGAGAUGCAGACUACCUCACUGCUGGGAGGACAAUAUGAUGAGGAGGAGUCAGCUCUCUCCUUUCAGGAGGCACUCAGGCAGUGGAGAGGAGAGAGAAGAGAGGGAGGAGAUGCAAUCUGGAGACCCUUCCAAGCACGGACAGUAUCAGUGGAAGUGAUGGGGACCCAGUCAGACCUGAGUGACAGUGGGGCUGAGAGAGGACCAGUGAAGGUGGAGUUCACCCAACACAGUCUCAGUUACAUGGACAGACUUCUCAUCAAGAGACACCGCAGGAAGCCGAUGGAAGCCUAUCAACCAGUGUCCUCUCUGGUGUCAGUGCAGAGCUCCCCAACACACACACUGACAGCUGAGGAUGUGGAGUUGAGGAGGUACUGUGCCUCGCUGUUUGCUGUGUCAUCCUGCGGGGGCAGCGCUGAGCCAGAGCCCUCACCUGGAUCGUGUCUGAGCAUAGAGGAGUUAGAUGAGGAGACAGUUAGAGACAGAGGGUUUGUUACUGAACAGAAGGCAGAAGACAACACAAAGCAAGAGGAAGUCAAUGCAAUUGGAGGUCCUAACCUGUCCCACAAUGCAUUGUCCCAGGGAGCCAUGUUGUCUGGGUCUCCAGUGACCUGGUCACCUCGCCCUCCAUCGGUCUCUAAAGUGGGGACCACUCAGAUACCACAACCUGACCACACUAGUGUACGGUCUCCAAGGUCCACCACUGCGUCACCUCAGCCCAGUGGACCAAAGACCCCUGGGUCGUCAACCAAGACACCAGCCACGUCAACACGAACAGACUGCUCUUACAACCUCCAUCAGUCAACUCUAGAC